AUUGGUCCUCCGGUCCCGGGCCGCCAGCCGGUGCACCGGGCAGGAGCGCGGGGGGCGCGGUUGCCAUAGCGACGGCGGCGGCGCCGGCCCGGCCGUGGCUGCGCAGCGGGACGAGCCCGGGCCCAGCUCGGUUUUCAGCAUGAACUUCGAGGGGCUCAACCCCUCCCUCGCGGACUACGCUGCCCCCCUGCACCCGGCGCUGGACCCGGUCCUGGACCCACACCUCAACCCCAGCCUCCUGCCCAACGUGGAGCUGGAUGCUGAGGGGGUCCCGCUGGAGGGGCUCCCGGUGCCGGAGUCCGUGCACCUCAUGGAGGGCGUCUACAGCGAGCUGCACACGGCCGUGUCCGAAGUGGGGGUGCCCGUCUCCGUCUCCCACUUCGACCUCCACGAGGAGAUGCUGUGGGUGGGGAACCACGGGGGCCACGCCACCUCCUUCUUUGGCCCCACGCUGGAGAGGUAUUCCUCCUUCCAAGUGAACAGCAGCGACGACAUCCGCCAGAUCCAGAGCCUGGAGAACGGCGUCCUCUUCCUCACCAAAACCAACCUCAAGUACAUGUCCCGCGGCGGCCUCAUCAUCUUCGACUACCUCAUGGAGGAGUCCGAGGACAUGCACAGCCUCCUGCUGACCGACAGCAGCACCCUGCUCGUGGCCGGCCUGCAGAACCACGUCCUGGAGAUAGACCUCAACACCGUGCAGGAGACGCAGAAGUACACGGUGGAGGUCCCCGGCAUCACCAUCAUGAGGCAAUCGAACCGCUUCUUCUUCUGCGGGCACACCUCAGGGAAGGUCUCCCUCCGGGACCUGCGCACCUUUGUGGUGGAGCACGAGUUCGACGCCUACUCGGGCAGCUUGUCCGACUUCGACGUCCACGGGAACCUGCUGGUGACGUGCGGCUUCUCCAGCCGGAUGAACGGGCUGGCCUGCGACCGCUUCCUCAAGGUCUACGACCUGCGCAUGAUGAGGGCCACCACCCCCCUGCAGGUCCACAUCGACCCCUUCUUCCUCCGCUUCAUCCCCACCUACACCUCCCGCCUGGCCAUCAUCUCGCAGACAGGGCAGUGCCAGUUCUGCGAGCCCACGGGCCUGGCCAACCCCGCUGACAUCUUCCACGUCAACACCGUCGGCCCCCUCAUCAUGACCUUCGACGUCUCGGCCAGCAAGCAGGCGCUGGCCUUCGGCGACUCCGAGGGCUGCGUCCACCUCUGGGCCGACAGCCCCGACCUCACCUUCAACGCCUACUCCCGGGAGACCGACUUCGCCCUGCCCUGCCUCGUGGACUCGCUGCCCCACUUGGACUGGCACCAGGACCUCGUGCCGCUCUCGCUCAUCCCCGUGCCGCUGACCAGUGACGCCCUGCUCUCCGACUGGCCUGCUGCCAACGCCGCCCCGGCCCCCCGCCGAGCCCCCCCAGUGGACCCCGAGAUCCUGCGCACCAUGAAGAAAGUGGGGUUCAUCGGCUACGCCCCCAACCCCAGGACCAAGCUCCGCAACCAGAUUCCCUACCGCCUCAAAGAGACGGACACCGAGUUCGACAGCUUCAGCCAAGUGCCUGAGUCCCCCAUCGGGCGGGAGGAGGAGCCACAUCUCUACAGGGUGGCCAAGAAGUACAGGAAGGUCACCAUCAAAUACUCCAAGCUGGGGCUGGAAGACUUUGACUUCAAGCAUUACAACAAGACCUUGUUUGCAGGCCUGGAGCCCCACAUCCCCAACGCCUACUGCAACUGCAUGAUCCAGGUGCUGUAUUUCCUGGAGCCGGUGCGGUGCCUGGUCCAGAACCACCUGUGCCAGAAGGAAUUCUGCCUGGGCUGUGAGCUGGGCUUGCUCUUCCACAUGCUGGACCUGUCCCGAGGAGACCCCUGCCAGGGAAGCAACUUCCUGCGGGCUUUCCGCACCAUCCCGGAGGCCUCGGCGCUGGGGCUCAUCUUGGCCGACUCGGAUGAGGCCACCGGGAAGGUGAACCUGGGCCGGCUGAUCCAGAGCUGGAACCGCUUCAUCCUCACCCAGCUGCACCAGGAAACCCAGGAGCAGGAGGGACCUCAGGCCUACCGGGGGGCUGGCACCACCCCCUUUGGCUCCUCGGGGGGCUCGGUCAUCGGGCAGCUCUUCAGCUGCGAGAUGGAGAACUGCAGCAUGUGCCGCUGCGGCAAGGAGACGGUGCGGGUGUCCUCCACGCUGCUCUUCACCCUCUCCUACCCCGACAGCACCGAGAAGGCGGUCAAGGACUACGAGUUUGCGCAGGUCCUGAAGCGCAGCAUCUGCCUGGAGCAGAACACCCAGGCCUGGUGUGAGAACUGCGAGAAGUACCAGCCCACGGUCCAGACACGGAACAUCCGCUGCCUUCCCGACGUCCUGGUCAUCAACUGCGAGGUGAACAGCUCCAAGGAGGCCGACUUCUGGAGGACGCAGGCUGAGUUCGCCUUCCAGAGAGCCCUGAUGAAGAGAGGAGGCUUUGAGAUCCCCAAAGGCAAAGAGCUCUCCCUUGGGGAGUGGAAGGAGCUGGGGAGCCCCGAGCCGGGGCAGCCGUAUCCUUCCGUGGAGGAGCUGAAGAACGUUUGGAUCCCGCACGCCAUCAAGAUGAGGCUGACCAAGAGCAAGGAGCUCGAUGUCUGCAACUGGAGCGAGAACGAGGAGCUGAGCCCCACCGAGGACCCCGAGUCGGUUUAUGUCUAUGACCUGAUGGCCACCGUGGUGCACAUCCUGGAUUCCCGCACCGGGGGCAGCCUGGUGGGACACAUCAAAGUGGGAGAGACCUAUCACCAAAGGAAGGAGGGCGUCACGCACCAGCAGUGGUACCUCUUCAACGACUUCCUCAUCGAGCCCGUGGACAAGUGCGAGGCGGUGCAGUUCGACAUGAGCUGGAAGGUCCCGGCCAUCCUCUACUAUGCCCGGCGGAACCUCAACGCCAAAUACAACCUCGUCAUCAAGAACCCCAUCGAGGCCAGCGUGCUGCUGGCGGAGGCCUCGCUGGCUCGCAAGCAGCGCAAGUGCCACGCCACCUUCAUCCCCCUCAUGCUGAGCGAGAUGCCGCAGGCAGGGGACCUGGUGGGGCUGGAUGCCGAGUUCGUCACCUUGAACGAGGAGGAGGCCGAGCUGCGCAGCGAUGGGACCAAAUCCACCAUCAAGCCCAGCCAGAUGUCGGUGGCCAGGAUCACGUGCGUGCGCGGGCAGGGCCCCAACGAGGGCGUCCCCUUCAUCGACGACUACAUCUCCACACAGGAGCAGGUGGUGGAUUACCUGACCCAGUACUCGGGGAUCAAGCCGGGAGACCUGGAUGCCAAGAUCUCCUCCAAGCACCUCACCACCCUCAAAUCCACCUACCUGAAGCUGCGCUUCCUCAUCGACGUGGGGGUCAAGUUUGUGGGGCACGGGCUGCAGAAGGACUUCCGUGUCAUCAACCUCAUGGUGCCCAAGGACCAGGUCAUCGACACCGUUUACCUGUUCCACAUCCCCAGGAAGAGGAUGAUCUCCCUGCGCUUCCUCGCCUGGUAUUUCCUUGGUCAGUGCUUCAGUGUUGGAUGCGGGAUGAGGGGCACAUCCCUGACCCCAUCCCUAACAACAUCCUUAACCCCAUCCCUGACCCCAUCCCUGACCCCAUCCCUGACCCCAUCCCUGGCCCCAUCCCAA